UGAAUUUGCACGUAGUUGCAGUCCAUGUGUAAGAACCAAUAACGUAGUCGCGCGCAGCACAGGCGACCGAGAGAGCUACCGGUAGGUAGUAGUGAUGAACGUCGUACGAGAUUAACGGCUGAUGUAACGGCGUUACCGUAUGUAACGGGCGAAACCAUGGCUCGUCAGGUUUAGGCAGAUUUAGAUAAGAUUAAUCGAGUGUAUUAAAGUCGUACAAAUACUAAACGUCUCGGUCGCGUAUCGUCGGUGCAAGAACAAGGACGAGAGAUGUCCGGCUUCGACGAGAAUCCCUUCGGGGAGCCUACGAUUAACGAUCCCUUUUCGGAUCCAGCGAUACGAAGAGCUGUAAACUCUACUCCAGCCAGUAGAGGUCUCGAGGACUACAAUCCUUUUGCCGAACAAGGCACACAAGGAACUACACAAGUUAGAGGAGCAUUAAAUCCACCUAUCUAUGGUGGAGUAGGUGCAACACAGCAACCAGCAACGCUUCAACCUACUAAUCAAGAAGCUCCACCUCCUGCAUAUGCACGUAGUCCUCAGCAAACAGUCAACGCAGCGUUGGGAAACACCGUACCACUUCCGCCAGAACAACGGGCAGAAUCAGAAUGGAAGCCCAGGACAGAAGAAGAAAUGAGAAAUACUCCUUACUAUCCAAGGAGAAAUAAUUGGCCGCCUUUACCGGAUAAGUGCUGUUUCCAACCAUGCUUCUAUCAAGAUAUUGAUGUCGAAAUUCAUACCGAUUUCCAAAAGAUAGUGAGGCAAUUAUAUUAUCUUUGGAUGUUUCACGGUUGUGUUCUGCUAUUGAACGUAUUAGGAGGAUUCGUUUUGAUGCUUUGUGGCCAAGGUUUCUCGACAUUUGGACUGGCUAUCUUGUAUCUUAUCCUCUUUACACCGUUUUCCUUCAUGUGUUGGUUUAGACCAGCAUACAGAGCUUUCAAAAACGACAGCUCUUUUAACUUCAUGGUCUUUUUCUUCGUUUUCUUCUUUCAAUUGAUCGUCACCGCUAUCCAGGCUAUAGGUAUUCCGGGUGCAGGAACAUGUGGUGUAAUAAUAGCAAUCGAGCAGUUCGAUUCGACGGCCAAAGGUAUCUUCAUUGGUCUUCUUAUACUCCUCAUCGCUAUUUGUUUCGUUCUUGCGGGAAGCGGUGAUCUCUUGUUACUCACCAAGAUUCAUCGCAUCUAUCGUACUUCAGAUGCGAGUGUUACGAAGGCGCAACAGGAAUUUGCAACAACAUUUUUGCGAAACGAACAUGUGCAGAACGCGGCGAGCAACGUAGCGGCAACUGCAGUCCGCACGCAGAUGGCUAACGCGACCCAACCGCGUUAUUAAAAAUAAUUCCAUCACUUAUUUGUACACUACGUUCUUGGCUUUACAUCAUUCAGUAAAUGGAUAGAUCUCAUUAGUUUUGCUGUAUAUGGAUUAUAUAAAAAGAAGGAAAAGGUCAUAGAAAUGCAAUGUAUCGCAAAACUUAUUCUUACAUUGAAACGCUGCAAUAUAUGAAAAUUGUGCUUCACGUUCAAAUUUAAUCUCUGAUGUACGUUGUCUUUAACAACGUUAACUGUACAGCCAGUACUGGCGCAAAAUAUUGAAGUAUUAACAGAUAUGACAGAUUCUGAAAUCUUUCCAAUCUAACAUACACUUUGUUUCUGAAGGUGAUGAUGAUAUUCUAUGUUUCAAAGAAAAAAAAAACUAUAUAUAUAUAUAUAUAUGUGACACAUGUGUAACAUUUCUUUACAUGAGUUCGAUAAUAUUCGCUCAUUGCCGUUUAUCAUGUACAUCGGUAUAUGAGAUCAUCAAAUUAGAUUAUUACUUAUGUGAGUGAAUUCUUAAUAAUCAUGUCUAUAAUUUUAUUAUUACAUAAUUACAUAUGUCUACUAGCUUUUAUAUUUUAGUGGCACAGUUUCAUGACAAUGUGAUCAUGUGUAAGCUAGAAAUAUACACUGAAGUAAUUAAGUUUAUUUCAAGUGAAAGAAAAACAAUUUUGCAAAGUUAAGCUUGUGACAUAAUUAGGCUCGUACUUGUUGGAUAUUAUCAUAAAUGUUAAUUUACUUAUGAAUA